CCCACUCGACCGCUGUCUAGUACACUCAUAUAGGUGUUCUGUGGUACACUCUAGUGCAUACUAGAGCACGUGUACUAGAGUUGAGUGUGCAUACCGUGCGCAUCUGCGCGUGCCGUGCGUGUAUAAACGCGCCGAAGUUUUGUUUGGCUGGUUUGGCGGGCUUGACAUGUUUUGCUUUGUAAGCGUCCGACAUGGAAUUUGAAUAUAGUGCGAUUAGCCAGCCCCCCGUGGACGAUGUCCCCACUGUCAAGCCAUUGCGAUGCUACGGCCGCGGGCUUCCUCUAAUUCCUCUUGAAGAACUGCCUCUGUUCCAGUACCUCAAACGAAAGCAUGAGGAAACGCUGGCUCAGCCCCUGAGCGCUAAUCGGGAAGUCCCCUCUGGGAUAGGACGAGGAAGGGUGGCAAAGCUUUCGGGUUUCUCAGUGGAAGACUCUUCUGAGGAAGACUAUGAUGUUGUUGGUUCGUAUUGGCGCCAUCAGAAGCCACUUUGUGCAUCGGAUUUGAACGCUGGCUUGGAGCCCUCACGACCUGCUGCCCAGGAAAAGAAUCAUGCACCGUGCAGGCUUCCUGGUUCUGGUCCACCAAGGGCUCGAUCUCGUGGACGAGGCAUUCAUACUCCUGGGAAGUGUCCCACAUCGCAUGGUCCUGCUGCUGCUGCUACUGGUGGUUACGGUGUCAUUAGUUCCAGUGGUCAGGGCACUACUAGCUCCAGUACAUGCCCUCAGGUACCGUCCAGCCUGCCUGUUGUGAGCACUGCAUCAGGGGCCUUGCAGUCUGCUCGGGAGAGAAAUAAUGCAAUGCGACAACCAGGUGCUUGCCGUCCAUCAAGUGUUUCCCGCCGGGGUCGAGGCAUUGCUGAACCUUGGAAGCAACGCAUUCAACAAAUGCUCAAGCAGCCACUAGGAUUGCAGCCUUCAAACAAUGGGGCAAGGCCCCGUUGUCCUCCACAUGUGUCUGGCCCGCCACAGUCUUGUCCACAGCAGCCGCAAAUGCGACAGUCUUCUCAGCAGCUGGCAUUGUCAAAGCCACGGCAAGAGCAUGCAUUUCCACCGACGAAGUCCCUCCUAAGAGGAAAGAUUGCAGCAGGUGCGCUUUCUAUGCAAGGUGCUGGCCAACAAGCACAGGAACAGUCUUGCCACACUAGCUGUCCCCGCAAACCCUUUAGGAAGGGCUCCUUUGAUCCAAAAACAUUCAGGCAUGCCUUUGACCUCAGUUCAUGGGUGGAGUCAUUGUCCGUCGUGCAGCCUCGUGAACGGACCACGGAAUCGGGGACUGAACUGACAGACAGCGAUGAUGACGAAUUCCACCAACGUGUGUCCAUCGAACCGGAUUCUGUUUAUGAAUCCUUCUCUUCAUCAUCGGGGUCUAGUACUGACCUGGUUUAUGCAAGCGCCGUGGAAGCAGCUCCUGAAACUUCCACUCUGGUCCCUGCCAUUCCGGUCCCUGCCGCUCUGGUCCCUGAGGCUGUUGCCUCUGUCCCCGAGCAGACACAGAUGAGCUCGUUAAGAGGAACAGAGGUCCUGAUCAAGGGCCUUCCGAAAGCCACAACGCCAGAGUUCGUCUACUACAACGCUGCCUGUUUUGCUGCUGUUGAGAACGUUAUAAUCACUGCUGACGGAGAUGGAAUGAGUGCGGAAAUAAUCUUGACCAAGCCAUACAGCGCAGCCAAGCUAUGCCAGUGCUUACAAGCGGCGCUGACCCUUGAAGGUCGCUCAAAUCACCUAGAGUUUUUGUGCCUGAAACCAGCCUAAAAGCUGUUGGUCACAACAGGAGGGAGACAAGCUUAACGGCUGGAACACUGUGCCAAUUAUUUCAAGUUUUCUUUGAAAUGCCAUUUCUGUGAAAAGUUGUGCUGCACCUGUCCCAAAGCAGCAUAUAAACGAAAGCCUCAUUUUGUUCAUGCUGCCAAACUGGUAAAGCUGAAACCUGUACCUAAAUUGCACUAUCAUCAUCAUCCUAGAGGUCAACUGUGUGCAGUGCCCAUAGCCACGGAUAUAAGCUAUGGCAUGGCUCCUUGCACUUCUCUGGCGGAGGUCGCAAUAUGCUGCCACUCUGCAAUAUUAUUGUUUGUGCCAUUUGUGCUGAAGUUGUAUAUUCCUCGAACUAGCGGAGCUUGCUCAAAGAGGCUUUGGGAUCAAAAAGAUGCCUGUGAUAAUGUCUGAUUGCACAAUGUUUAGAAUAGUCAUUGAUGAUGCCAUUUCAGAAAUAAUAUGCCUACAACUAAACCAAUGGCAUAUAAAUUGCUAUUAACGGGGGCCGUCUCAGAAGUAAAGAACCCUCUGGACGUCUUCACUGUAACUUUGGUUUAGUCGCACAUGGCCUAAUUAUACGGCAUGGUCAUCCUCACAUUCCCUUGUUCGGCAAUUUUUUUUUCUUGCAACAGAAAUAUGCAUGUUUGCCGUGCUUCAAGCAAUUCAAAUUAGUAGAAGUGCCUUUAUGCUGUGAUAUACACACAGUUGGUUCCACUAUGUUUGCUUAUAUUUAUGGAGUAUUUCACAACUUGCUUGUUCGGGCUUGUUUUUAUGGCAUUUUAAAGAUUUUUAGUGCUAUUGGGCGAAAGGAUGUCCAGGACAGAGCAUUGUCCUGCCCAUCCUUUUUUUCAUGAAGUUCUGCUAAAAAUCACUUUCACUUAAUGUUGAAACCAUAUGUUGUGUAGAUGUACAUUCAGCACUGUGCCAAAAGUGCUUAUCGCUGUGCCAGAUUAGCUUCUUGCCUGUGCCAAGAAGUGAAAUGGCUGUUCCACCACUGGAAGCUCAUGAUCCUUGGCUGUACCGUCAUUGUGCAAUGUUUCAUCUUUUAUAGAAAUUUUGAUUGAGAGGACCAGGAAGUAUCUUCCGGCUCAGGCUGUGUUCUGUGAAUUUGUCAAAAAGUAUUGAGCAUUUUGUGCUUAACAUGAUAUCUUAUUUUCAUUAAACCACCUGUGGCUGUUGCUCUGCCAGUGUUCUAUCACUGA